AUGAAGAAGAAAAAGGGAAAGUGUGUAACUACUAAACAACUGGGGGCAUCAUCACUGAAUUUGAGAAAUGGAGCAGUCUUCAGGUCAGCUGUAGCUGUCAUUUCCCUAUCAAUGGCUACUGGAACCAACAGAGGCAGGAGAGUGUUGUUGGACACUGAAGCUUCAGUCCAAAUUGGCAAAGCUCUUGGUCUUGAUUGUAAAGGGAAAGCUGAACAACAAACUGCACCGACACAGGUGGAACAAAAAAGGUUUUGGGAUUCUGAGAGAAUUAGGAAAGCUAAAGCCUAUGAGGGGACCAAAAGUGUUGUGGGCACAAGGACAGAAGAGGCUGCGAGCAUGUGGGCUGAAGCUGUGACUCAGUCAACGAAAUUUGGAACAAACUUGAAGUUACUUAUGAAGGAACCAACCAAAUUUACUAAAAUUGUAAAUUCUUUGAAAUCGCUUGGUAAAAGUUACACUAACAAUGAGUUGGUGAGAGAAAUUCUUAAGUGUGUACCAAAGAAUUGGGAAGUAAAGGUCACUGCCAUUAUAGAAGCAAAGAACCUCACUACUCUUGGAUUAGAUGAGCUCAUGGGUUUUCUUAUGACUCGUGAAAUCAUUAUGAAAGGAUAUGAGAAUGAUGAGGAUAAAAAGAAGAAUGGAAUUGCAUUCAAAGCCUCAUCUCAUGAAGAAGAAGAUACAAACUCUAGUGAGGAUGAUGAGUUUUCUAUGUUUGCUAGAAAGUUCAAGAGGCUUUUCAAAAAGAACAACCAUGGAAAAAGAAGACCAUUCAAGAUAGACUUUAACAUAGAGGAUAUCCCAAAGAAAGAACCCAUUAUUUGUUAUGAAUUCCAGCAUUUUGGACAUAUCAAAGUUGAUUGUCCAAAAUUGAAGAAACAUGAAAAAGACCACAAAAUGAACAAGAAGGCCAUGAUAGCAGCUUGGGGACAAAGUGAUGAUAGCUCUAGCGAUGAAGCUGAAAAUGAUGAAGUAGCCAACCUUUGUCUAAUGGCUCUUGGAGAUGAAGAAACCACUCAAAAUAAGGUAACUUUUGACUAUGAAGAACUUGAAAGUGCUUUCAAAGAGCUGCAUGAUGAGUUUAGAAAAGUAUGUGCCAAAAAUAAUGUGGUAAAGAAAUUAGCCACCUCUUUAUCUAAUAAUGUGGAUGAAUUAAAGAAAGAGAACAUUGUCCUAAAAAAUGAUUUUAUCAAUGUCACUAAUGAGAAAAAUGUUUUGAAAAGCAGUGUUGAUGAUUUGAACAAAACUCUUGGAAAUUUUGUAAAAUGA